UCACAGCCAAGACCAAAGAUCAAAGUCAAGAGAGGAUAUUGAGCUCACUCCCAGGUCCCUGGGACGCUAGAUCUGUAGACACUGUCCUCAAAUUUAUCCUGAAGGAGUGGCCCGCUAAGAAGUAGGACUGCAGGUGGAGGGAUAGCAAUGCCCGGCGGAGAUGAACCCAGGAGCUACUAUGUGGGCGUGGACGUGGGGACCGGCAGUGUCCGAGCAGCCCUUGUGGACCAGAGGGGCACCCUCUUGGCUUUCGCAGACCAGCCCAUCAAUCAGUGGGAGCCUCAGUUCAACCACCACGAGCAGUCGUCCGAGGACAUCUGGGCCGCGUGCUGCGUUGUCUCAAAGAAAGUUGUACAAGGGGUCAAUUUACACCAAAUUCGAGGGCUUGGGUUUGAUGCCACAUGUUCUCUGGUUGUUUUGGAUAAGCAGUUUCGUCCUUUACCAGUCAAUCAUGAAGGGGAUUCGCAUCGAAACGUCAUCAUGUGGCUGGAUCACCGGGCGGUCAGUCAGGUCCACCGGAUCAACGAGACCAAGCACAGUGUCCUGCAAUACGUCGGGGGCGUAAUGUCUGUGGAGAUGCAGGCCCCAAAGCUUCUGUGGCUAAAAGAGAACUUGAGAGAGACUUGCUGGGAUAAGGCGGGACAUUUCUUUGAUCUCCCAGACUUCUUAUCGUGGAAGGCAACAGGUGUCACAGCACGGUCUCUCUGCUCCCUGGUGUGCAAGUGGACAUACUCUGCAGAGAAAGGCUGGGAUGACAGUUUCUGGAAGAUGGCUGGUUUGGAAGACUUGGUUACAGAUAAUUACAGCAAAAUAGGAAACCAAGUGCUGCCUCCUGGAGCUUCUCUUGGAAGUGGGCUCACACCAGAGGCAGCAAAGGACCUUGGCCUUCCUCCUGGAAUUGCGGUGGCAGCCUCACUAAUUGAUGCUCAUGCAGGAGGACUAGGAGUGAUUGGAGCAGAUGUGAAGGGGCACGGCCUCGCCUGUGAGGGACAGCCGGUGACGUCACGGCUGGCUGUCAUCUGUGGAACAUCUUCUUGUCACAUGGGCAUCAGCAAAAACCCAAUCUUUGUACCAGGUGUCUGGGGCCCUUAUUUCUCAGCCAUGGUCCCUGGGUUCUGGCUGAAUGAAGGUGGUCAGAGCGUUACUGGAAAAUUGAUAGACCACGUGGUGCAGGGCCACGCUGCCUUCCCUGAACUCCAAGCCAAGGCCACAGCCAGACGCCAGAGUGUAUAUGCAUAUUUGAACAGUCACCUGGAUCUGAUUAAGAAGGCUCAGCCUGUGGGUUUCCUCACUGUUGAUUUACAUGUUUGGCCAGAUUUCCAUGGCAACCGGUCUCCCUUAGCAGAUCUGACACUAAAGGGCAUGGUCACUGGAUUGAAACUAUCUCAGGACCUCGAUGAUCUUGCCAUUCUCUACCUGGCCACAGUUCAAGCCAUUGCUCUCGGAACGCGCCUCAUUAUAGAAGCCAUGGAGUCAGCAGGGCACUCGAUCAGCACCCUUUUCCUGUGUGGUGGCCUCAGCAAGAAUCCCCUUUUUGUGCAAAUGCAUGCAGACAUCACUGCUCACCAGAACCAGAGAUCAUGACACAGAUGGAGAGAAUCCUGGGUAAUGGGCUGAUACCUCUGUGAUCUGAGCAGACAAAAGCAAGCAAGCUUCCUAGUGCAGACUCCUGAGCCCCAUGGAAGGGGCCUCAUGAAUAGGAGGCCUGCUUGAGUCCCAGUGGCUGACCUGGGCCUGUCUCUCUGGACCUGCUGCCCUCGUGCCUAUUGCUCCCUUCUCUCCCACUGUCUCCAGAGAACUGAUGUUCCCACUCCCCACCACCACAUGGAGGCCAGGCACCACAGCGGGGCAAGUGGAGGGAAGUGGGAAAGGAUUGGACCCUGCUUACAGCCCCAACUCCAGUCUCAUCUGAUUCUCCCUCCACUGGCCUCCAUUCAUCAUGAUCUCUUGCUGCCCCCUGUCCCCUGCAUGCCUUACCUCUGAUGAAUGGGGGGGUCCAGUUUUCUACUGGACGCUCCCUUCCCCGCUCCAGGCCAUGCAGAUCCGCACAGGUGAGAGCUUUCCCACAUGUGAUGGGCAACGUCACCCCCUGCAUGGUGUGAGAUCAAACCCUGUUGCUGAACCCCAUCUUAGAGGUAGGGAAAUGGAAGCAUAGGCCAGUGAACAGUAGCAAAAGCACAUGGUCUAAGGGUAAAUAUGUAAAAAUAAGUGUAGAAUUGACUACACUCAAAUGCACUCCUACUCUGUGUCAGUGUAAAUCACUUUAUUUACAUUUAACCCGCACACACCACCGAAAGGUAGAAAUCGGUGCCCCCGCCUUACAGACAGGGAAACUGAGGGUCAGGGAGGUGACUCAUAUUGACUGUCCAAAGUCAGACACCUGGUAGGUGCCGGACUAGGAUGGUACCAGGUGUGUCCAGACCUAUGUCUCCUACACUAUGCUGCUGACCCAGGUUUCUUAACUUUUCUGCCCAGUUUAUAACCAUUUAAUGAUGAAUCCCCCUUUCCCAAAGUGCCCAAAACCUAUGGAAAUGGGCCGUUUGGAGGCAGAAAAGAAGAUGUAAAAAGGAGCCCAGAUUAGCUUAUAAUUUUCCCUAAGAGAAAAGCCAUAAAUAUGUUUUAUCUCAGAGUCAGCUAGCUUGUUCAAAUACAAUUCAUACUUCAGAUCUGAUCUGUGAGUGACUUUCCAAUGUCCAGCCUCCAAAGAGCCAUCAAGACUUCCUACCUAGAUCCAGGAAGAGAGAUGGAAUCAACCCUGGCUGACACAUCACCCAAGGGAAUAGGAAACAAUGGCCCGGGAGCAGGGCGGCAGGCCCUGACUCUACACUGCAGCUCCAGGCUUUAGGAAAGUGAGUUCUCCUCCAGGCCUCACACCCCUGAGCUGACUCAGAAGCAAGGGGUGCAGUGGCUUCAUAGAAAGUUCUACUUUGGAAACUGUUCUCCUUUAGGCUGUCAAAUGAAAAGGCUGUUAAUCAUUAUUUGGAUUCCAAUUGAAACUGGACCCUUUGUCUCUGACUGUGGACCAGUUACAGUUUUGAACAAAGGGAUCUUUUCUUUGGCCUGAAAUGCCUCUGCCUGGGGAAGCCUGUGAUUGACAAGUGAUGGCAAAGUGCAUCUGCCUUGAAAUGCUUUGGGUUUUGCUAGACUCAUUAAUGCAUCAGAUAAAAUAGUUCACAUUCCAGGCAAA